AUGGCCCUUUUUCACACGAUCGGCGUCGAGUUCCUCAACAAAGACUUACAAGUGGACCAGGAACGCUACACGCUGCAGAUCUGGGAUACGGCCGGCCAGGAGCGAUUUCGGGCCCUGCGGACACCGUUCUACCGCGGAACCGACAUCUGUCUGCUGACGUACGCGAUCGACGAUCGGCAGAGCUUCAAAACGUUGGCCAGCUGGCGCGACGAGUUUCUCCGGUACUACGACGUCAACCCGGAGCGCUUCCCGUUCAUCGUGGUCGGCACCAAGAGCGAUCUGGCCGCUACCGGGCACCGGCAGGUGACAGCCGAAGAGGUAACCCACUGGUGCCAGGAGCAUCACGUGGCCGCCUUCAUCGAAACGUCGGCCAAAACGUCCGACAAUGUGGCCACCGCGUUCGCGCUGGCCGUGCAGCAGUGGAAAAAACUCGAACGGUGCACCGAGCGCGAGCUGCGCGCCCAAGGCCACGACACGAUCGAUCUAAUGAAGAGCGUAAACUUGAGCGCGAACCGAAAUCGGUUCUGCUGCGUCGGCGGGAACGCUGGACGACCCGCGGCCACCGAACAGGACGAUGAUGACUAUCCGAAUUGAGCGAUAAGCGAGCCGUACCGCGUUCGUUCGCUUGCAUAUGUGAUAAGAGAUCGGGGUUCCUCCGCAAAACGGUGGGAUGAAAAUGGACGGGAAUCGGCGAUCGCGAUCGCGAUAGUUAGGUGAUUAGAAUUUUUCCCCACAACGCCACACCGUAUUGCACAAAAAUUGAAAAUGAAAAGAACGAGGUUUCAAGGUUGUCGGCGAGAAUUUGCAGCGCCGGUCGUCACUCUGACUGCCGGACCCCCGGAGUAGUGAACAUGCAUGAAGGUGACCACGCAGAUGUAAAAAUGUAUUUCCGCUUCAUUGCACACGCGCUUGUGAUCCACGCCCGUGGCCAGACACACAAUCGCCGUGAUUGUUCUCUCGGACAGUGCGAAAUGGGUCGCUCGAAAGAGUCGGCUGCCCAGGGACAAACACGAACACAGAUGCGUCCGUUCGUUUGCGCUUGAUAUGCUGUUCGUAGUCGAAAAAGGAAUCGUUGUUUUAUAGUUAUUUUUUGUCCAAAAACACGCUAAAUUACGAGCAAUAUUACGUGCGAGCAACUCUGCUUCAGGCUAUCCUUUCGUCGCACUCAGAGUGCUCAGAGUUUUUCGAGUUUUUUUUUGCAAUAUUUCGUACCUGACCAACGCAUUUACGCUCGAUGCGCAUCGAAUACGCAGCUAUCAUGCAGAGGUACACGCAUUGGGAAGAAUACUCCAAAACCCUCUUCCCGAACCCACGUUACACGAGACGAACACUCAGCCAGCGCCGCUCACUGCAUUCCACUUGCAACCGGCGUUGCGGCAUCGAGAUUUUAAUAUUAAUGGUUCGUGAAAGGGAUUGGGACUUGGAUGGACACCUUUAGGUAUAAGAUUAAUUUAAUUUUUCGUCAAAAACGUGUGUUACGGCACACUGCGCGUGUUUAUUUAAAACCCGAAUACACAUUCCGCUAAGCGUUGUUUUAUACCUUCCAAAACAGAAACAGUUUCAUUCCACUAGCUUAUCAAAAGAUGCACAGUGUUGCCGGCUUUUGGUCGGAUGCCGGGCGUUUGGGCACGUCAAGUGCCGAAAGGAAUUGCCGCAGAGUGAGAGAUUGUAGGUGGUAGCUAGGACGAUAAAGGGGUCACGUACCUUUUAACUAAGCAAAAUGGUUGCGAAGAGUGUGACGCGGAGCCGAGAAGACUUGCAUAUGUAGGCCACCGGGUGGCCCAGGAUUGUGAAAUGAUGGUGCAAACGUAGAGUAGAGCCGAGAAAGGCAGAGAGCGAAGGUGUAAUGUUUGAUAAGAGCUAUUUUUUAAGCAUAUUG